AUUCUGUAGCUGAUUCUGUAAACGUUGAUGGAGUGGCAGGUCUACCUAUCACACUGCCCUGCCGCUACAACGGAGCUAUCACAUCCAUGUGCUGGAAUAGAGGCACAUGUUCUGCUUUCUCAUGCCCAGAUGGCAUUGUCUGGACCAAUGGAACCCACGUCACCUAUCGGAAGGAGACACGCUAUAAGCUAUUGGGGAACCUUUCACGCAGGGAUGUCUCUUUGACUAUAGCAAAUACAGCUGUGUCUGACAGUGGCAUAUAUUGUUGCCGUGUUCAGCACAGUGGGUGGUUCAAUGACAUGAAAAUCACCAUAUCAUUGAAGAUUGGGCCACCCAGGGUCACAACUACUCCAAUUGUCAGAACUGUUCGAACAAGCACCACUGUUCCAACGACAACGACCCUUCCAACAACAACAACUCUUCCAACGACAACGACCCUUCCAACGACAACAACUCUUCCAACGACAACGACUCUUCCAACGACAACCCUUCCAAUGACGACUCUUCCAAUGACAACGACUCUUCCAAUGACAACGACCCUUCCAACGACAACAACUCUUCCAACGACAACAACUCUUCCAACGACAACAACUCUUCCAACGACAACAACUCUGCCAACGACAACAACUCUUCCAACGACAACGACCCUUCCAACGACAAUGACUCUUCCAACGACAACGACCCUUCCAACGACAACGACUCUUCCAAUGACAACAACUCUUCCAACGACAACAACUCUGCCAACGACAACAAUGGUCUCUACCUUUGUUCCUCCAACGCCAUUGCCCACGCAGAACCAUGAACCAGUAGCCACUUCACCAUCUUCACCUCAGCCAGCAGAAACCCACCCUAUGACACUGCUGGGAGCAACAAGGACACAACCCACCAGCUCACCAUUGUACUCUUAUACAACAGAUGGGAGUGACACCGUGACAGAGUCUUCAGAUGGCCUUUGGAAUAACAAUCAAACUCAAUUGUCCCCAGAACAUAGUCCACAGAUGGUCAACACCACUGAAGGAAUCUAUGCUGGAGUCUGUAUUUCUGUCUUGGUGCUUCUUGCUGUUUUGGGUGUCGUCAUUGCCAAAAAGUAUUUCUUCAAAAAGGAGAUUCAACAACUAAGGUAAGCUUGA